AUGGACUCUCCAAUCGUCUCGCGGUUGUUCAGACAGCUGUUUACUCAUCGGUCCUGCCAGUCUAUACGUUCACAUUCCACCCCGCCGUUUCGAAUACAACAUGCGCGCCGCCAUGCGCAGAUUAGAUGCUUGUCGAGCAGAAGAGGGGAAGGUGCCGAGGACAGUAAUUGGCAGCAAAGAACGGACAUGUGGCCUUCGGAUAUGACGAAUGAGUAUGAGAGUUUUCCUAUGGUUACGUCGGACCAGCUGAGGACGAGGAGAGAACGGCCUCGGAGGGUCAAGAUGCUUACCAGGGACUUUAUUGAAGACUCCCUAUACAAUCCCUCAUAUGGCUAUUUCUCCAAACAAGCUGUUAUCUUCACGCCCGGAGAGCCUUUUGGGUUCAACAACCUACAAGAUGAGCCUGAGUUCUCGAAGCUUUUGGGGGAAAGAUACACGCAAUUCGAAGACAAACUGGACGCAAAACAACCCAAUGAAUCACGGCAGCUUUGGCAUACACCGACCGAGCUUUUCCGACCAUAUUAUGGCGAAGCAAUUGCUCGAUAUCUCAUAGCAAACUACAAGUUGUUACAGUACCCGUACAACGACCUAAUAAUCUACGAAAUGGGAGCCGGAAACGGAACCCUCAUGCUCAACAUCCUGGAUUACAUCCGAGACACCGAGCCCUCAGUAUACGACCGGACGAAGUUCAAAAUUAUCGAAAUCUCUUCCAGCUUGGCGAAGCUGCAACAACAGCAUUUGAUGCAGAGUGUAGAUUCAAAGGGACAUCAUUCGAAAGUAGAGAUUAUCAACAAGUCGAUCUUCGAAUGGGACCAGAUCGUCCCCUCACCGUGCUACUUUCUAGCAAUGGAAGUCUUCGACAACUUCGCCCACGAUUCUAUCCGCUAUGAUCCAGUCACGGAGGAACCGCUCCAGGGUACGGUUCUUAUCGACAAGAAGGGUGAUUUCUACGAGUUCUAUGUACCGCAUAUCGACCCUGUAGCGUCGAGGUUUCUGAGAGUCAGACAUGCUGCUACUGGAGGCAGCUAUUCACAUCCUUUGAGCUCGAGCAAGGUGUGGCGGAAGCUGAAGGCGAGCAUGCCUUUUGCUCCCAACCUGAGUGAGCCGGAAUAUAUUCCUACAAGAUUGAUGCAGUUCUUUGAUGUGCUGGGGAAGUACUUCCCCGGGCAUCGAUUAUUGACGAGUGAUUUUCAUGAUUUGCCGGAUACAAUUAAAGGAAUCAACGCGCCGGUUGUUCAGACCAGGUAUCAGAGGCAGACUGUGCCGGUUACUACGCCUUUUGUACAUCAAGGAUACUUUGAUAUCCUCUUCCCUACGGAUUUCAAUGUAAUGGAGCUUAUGUAUAGAGCGAUUACUGGCAAGCUCACGAGAGUGUUGACCCACGAAGAGUUUUUGAGGAAGUGGGCCUAUGUUGAAGAAACGGAGACGAAGAAUGGAGAGAAUCCGCUCUUGACUUGGUAUAAGAAUGCCAGUGUUCUUACGACGAUAUAG